UGGAGCAAGAUAACAGUGAUAAAUGCCAACUCAUUGGUUAGUACUAGUGACUAAUGUAAUAUAUGUCAACCUUUAUCAGUAUUUCAGAAUGAAUGUUGAAUACAUCUUGAAAAAUGCUGCAGGAUUGGAUGGCGAAGGCCCACACUGGGAUGACGUCACCGGUACACUUCUGUAUGUGGAUAUAAACGGAUACGCCAUUCACCGAUAUGAUGCAGAGACAGGCAGCGAUGACAAACUUGAACUGGAUGGUCCUGUUGGAUUUGCUGUCCCUGCCAGAAAAGGUGGGCUGAUAGCAAGCGUGGGUCGCUCUCUGGUACACGUGGACUGGGAUACAAAGAAGGUGACCAAACUUCACGAAGUGGAACAGGGUCUACAGACACGUUUUAAUGAUGGAAAGUGUGAUCCAAAAGGAAGAGUGUGGGCUGGAACGAUGGGUCCUGAGGAGCCUGAUAUUGAGAGUAUGCCAAAGAUUGGCAAUCUUUAUUGUUUGGAUUUGGAUGGGAGUUUGCACACAUUAGUGAGGAACAUUGGCAUUUCCAAUGGCCUUGCUUGGAAUGAAGAUGAGAAGACUAUGUACUAUGUCGACUCAACACCUCGGCAGAUAUACCGGUACAGCUAUGAUGCUGCCACUAGACAAAUUUCAAAUAAAAAAAUAAUCGUGGAUAACAGGGGGGACUCACUUGCAGAGAAAGGUGUCCCUGAUGGCAUGACCAUUGAUACAGAGGGUAAACUCUGGGUGGCAUGCUACCUCGCUGGAAAAGUUGUUCAAUAUGAUCCUGAAACAGGUAAAGAGUUGCAAACAGUAUACAUCCCAUCUUCAAAAAGAAUAACAUCAUGUUGUUUCGGCGGGAAAAAUUUGGAUGAACUCUAUGUCACUUGUUCAGCUUAUGAUGUUCCUAAAGAUGAACUACAGAAAUACCCAUUGUCCGGAUCUAUUUGUCGGGUCUCUGGGCUUGGAGUUAAGGGUUAUAAAGCAAACAUUUAUGAAGGGAGAAUUAUGAUUUAAAAAUGUGUGAUUACUACUUGAAUUUGUGGAGUUUUGGCUGCAUUGCAAUGAAUGCUACACUUUGCAUUUACGAGUUUUGGAGCAAAAAUCAUGAAAUUUGUAAAAAUAGCUAAAAACUGGAAAAACUCUUUAGAUCCGAUAUAUAUGCCAUUGGCAUUUGCAAACAAGUAUUUUGUAGACGUAUGUAACCCUUUGAUUAUAUAUCAAGUUGUUUGACAUAAAUAUGUGGGGGCAUUUACGAGAUUUUGGGGCUUAAACAAUUAUUUUCUGAAAGUAUGUAACCCUUUAAUUGUAAAUCAGAUUGACAUUAAUGCAUGGAGACUUUUUCAAGUUUUGGGGCAAAAAAAUGAAAUUUGUCAUUGGAGUAUUGUUUAAAAAUGGAAAACUUCGAGAAUCUUACAAGCACAAUAUGGACAUUCGCAAACAUGUAUUUUGCUUUAUAGAACGUAACCCCUUGUUUACAAUUAUAUAAAAUUGUUUGGCAUUAAGGCGCCUGAAUUACUGAAAUAUUUGUAAGAGAUAUGCUUGCAGGCAGUAUUAAUCCAGAAUUUGUAAUCGCAUUGUAAAUACCGGUAGCAGUUUCAAGCUCCACAUGCAGCGUCUGUGAGUAACUUCUACAGUGACCUAACAUGUUUAAUAGUGUAAUUAACUUAGUACUUCUUGCCCAUUUCAAACGCGAGGUGCUUGGGUAAUAUAUCAAUUUGCCAUUCAUAGCUAAGGCAAAUGUGUCCUGAGAAUAUGGUUUGACAAGCCUUUUUGCCCUUGAAAAAAAGAUGGGUUGCCGAUACGAUGCAAAAAAAAAUUCUGUACAUUUAUGUAUUCAGAGAUGAUGGAGAGGUGGCCAUGGUAGGUUAUCGGCAAUUUUGUGGCAGUCACAAAUCUACCAUUUGAUUAUCAUAGCAGAUUUUUUUUACUUAUCGUUUGCCGGAAAGGGCUGACGCAAAUGCACACUCGAUCGCUUGUUCGGUAGUAAUACAUACAUGCAGUAUAUGCAAGUUUUGGAGUUUUCCAAAAUUCGAUUUUGCUACCAAAUUUUCUUUCUGUUUUUUUUUUCAGGUUUCAAACUUUGUAUUCGCUGUUAUGUGAGUUGGGAUAAAUGACAAGUAUCUCUCUCUGAGCAUUGUCAUACUCUCAACCACGUAAUUCUGCGCGAUAGUAAUCUCCAUGUAUACGGAUAAAGUCAAAUUCCUUUCCUUGACCUAAGAAUUAUAUCAUCUUUAGUUUCUGACUUGUUUCGGUCAUUGAAUUCGUUCAGUUUUUUCUACAGGUUGGAUAAAUCAUGCCCUUUUAGCAAUCAAAUCAAUAUAUUGAACUUCACAUAUUGUUAUUCUGUGGGGAUCCAGAUUAGAAUUAGGUCCUCAGUAUCCCUUGCUUGUCGUAAGAGGCGACUAAAUGGGGCGGUCCUUCGGAUAAGACCGCAAAAACUGAGGUCCCAUGUCACAGCAGGUGUGGCACGAUAAAGAUCCCUCCCUGCUCAAAGGCCAUAAGUGCCGAGCAUAGGCCCAAGUUUUGCAGUCCUUCACCAGCAAUGGUAACGUCUCCAUAUGAAUGGAAAUUUCUCGAGCGUCUCGGGACGUUAAACAAUAUACAAUCAACCAACCAACUUUGUCACUUUUAUUCUUUGCAGGGUUUUUUAAUGGCCUCUUCUGCUGUUUUUGUCAGUGUUUACUCCCUUGUACUUGA